AUGUGGAGGGUCUUUCUGUGUCUCUGUCUGAUUUUCCGGCCUCAUUCAGCAGAGGAAGUGAUGCUGCUGGACACAACAGAGUCUACCUCAGAGCUGGGUUGGACCACCUAUCCAGACACGGGGUGGGACGAGGUCAGUGUCCUGGACGACCGGGGGAAGCUCAUACGGACCUUUGAGGUCUGUAAUGUCAACCAAAACCCCCGUCAGCAGGACAACUGGCUGGCUACACCUUUCCUGUUCCGCCACUCGGCUCCACGGGUGUUUGUCACAUUGCGUUUCUCGGUGCGUGACUGCGCCAGCCUGCGAUCACCAUCACCCACCUGCCGAGAGACGCUCACCCUGUACUUCAAACAGGCCGACUCCCAGAGGGAGCUGGAGAGGACCUGGGCGGCUGAGCCGUCCAGCAAGGAGAAGGACACCAGGGAGGGUUGGGUGAAAAUCGACACCAUUGCAGCAGAUAAGAGUUUCUCCAAGGUGGAGCCCAGUUCCCCUCACCAGUACCAGCCGAACAGAUACAGUCGAAUCAACAUCAAGACACGCAGCUUUGCCCCUCUCACACGCAACGGAUUUGUCCUGGCUAUUGUUGACAGUGGAGCUUGUGUUUCCCUCAUGGGUGUCUCCGUCUUCUACCGGCGCUGUCCAGCCACCAGCCUCUUCUUGGCCUCUUACCCAGCGACUCCCUCGGGGGCAGAGCCCACGGCCUUAGUGCCCGUGAGCGGGACAUGUGUCCCCAACAGUAAAGCACAGGGAGGUACGCCCCCCCGCAUGCACUGCAAUGCUGAGGGAGAAUGGAUGGUACCUGUUGGAGGGUGUGUCUGUGACGGAGGCUUCGAGCCCAACCUCAAUGGAUCCGCCUGCUUGGCGUGUCCUGUGGGCUACUUCAAGUCCGUCUCAGGCUCGGCUCCCUGCUCCGUGUGUCCCUCCAACAGCAGAACCAGUCAGACAGGAUCCAGUAUGUGUGAAUGUCGCAGCGGCUUCUACCGGGGAGCUAAUGAUGCCAACUCUUCUGCCUGCACAACUCCUCCAUCUGCUCCCAACUCCAUGUCCUGGGAGUAUGAGAGCGAUGACGGCGGGGUGUCCAUCCGGUGGCGCCCGCCCUCGGACAUGGGGGGCCGCAGUGAGGUGUGGUACGGGGUGGUUUGCCGCAUCUGCCCCUCACCCACCUUCAGCAACCCGGCGACGUGCUCCUGGUGUGGUGAAGGCGUCACGUUCAGUCCCUCCCAGACCAACCUGAAACAAACCAAGGUCACCCUCAACAACCUGCUGACCAGAGUCACAUAUCUCAUGCAGGUGCAAGCCCUGAAUGAGGUGUCGGCUUUGAGUCCGUUUUCUGCUCGAUACGCCAGCAUCAACUUCACCACCAGCCAGUCAGUUCCCAGUAUAGUUCCCAUGAUGCACCAGCUGAGCCGAGCCCCAGAAUCCAUCACUCUAUCGUGGCCUCAGCCGGACCGACCCAACGGAGACAUCCUGGAGUACCAGCUCAGAUACUACGACAAGGGCUCAGAUGUGAACAGUGCGAUGACCGUGUACAGCGAGACCAACACCGUGACCAUCAACCCUCUGAUUCCCGGCUCCAUCUACGGCUUCCAGAUCAGAGCCCGCAAUGAGCGAGGUUACGGCCCCUACAGCAACACCAUCUACUUCACCACGCUGCCUCUGGAGGAACAUUCCCAGCAGAUCCAGAAUCGACUUCCUCUGCUGGUCGGCUCGGUGAUGGGCGGGGCAGCGUUUCUGCUGGUCGUGGCGGCGAUUGUGGUCGUGCUGGUGUUUCGCAGUAAGAGGAGGGAGAGCCCGUACAGCGACAGGCUCCAGAGAUACAUCAGUAACAAAGGUGGAGUGAAGUACUAUGUGGACCCAUCCACCUAUGAAGACCCCAGUGAGGCCGUCAAAGAGUUUGCCCGUGAGAUAGAUCCCACUCACCUGAAGAUCGAGGAGGUGAUUGGUUCAGCUCAGUUCGGCGAAGUUUCCCGAGGUCGUUACCGUCCGAUGGGUCGCAGGGAGGUGCUGGUGGCCGUGAAGACUCUUCGCUGGGGGGCGUCUGACAGGGAGAGGGGGAUGUUCCUCAGUGAAGCGGGGGUCAUGGGCCAGUUUGACCACCCCAACGUGCUGAAGCUGGAGGGCGUGGUCACCCAUAGCCCUCCAGAGAGGAUCAUCACUGAGUUUAUGGAGAACGGGCCGCUGGACUCAUUCCUCAGGGAGAACGAGGGCCAGUUCAGCAUCCUGCAGCUCAUUGGGAUGCUGAGGGGAGUCGGUGCAGGGAUGCGUUACCUGGCUGAGAGAAACUUUGUCCACCGGGACCUGGCAGCCAGGAAUGUGCUGGUCAACUCCAACCUGGUGUGCAAAGUGUCGGACUUUGGCCUGUCACGACUCAUGAGGGGCAUGGACCACAACAUACCCACGUACACUGCCUCGCUGGGCAGUAAGAUUCCCGUGAGGUGGACAGCACCGGAGGCGUUUCAGCAUCGCAAGUUCAGCUCAGCCAGUGACGUCUGGAGCUUCGGCAUACUGAUGUGGGAAGUGAUGUCAUACGGAGAGCGCCCGUACUGGGACAUGAGCAAUCAAGAAGUGAUGAAGGCAGUGGCAGACCAGUAUCGUCUUCCCGCCCCCCCCAACUGCCCGCCCGCCCUCCACUCUCUGAUGCUUCAGUGCUGGCAGGCCGAGCGGGCGGACCGCCUCGGCUUCGACUCCCUCCUGUCCUCCCUGGAUCGGCUCAUCAGGCACCCGGCCGCCCUCAAGACGGAGCCGACCCGAAGCUGUUCUCAGACGCUGCUCAGCCCGACCCCCACAGACCUAUCAGCAGUGGCGACAGUCAGCGAUUGGCUGAAGGCGUUAAGGAUGGAGAGAUAUCAGGACGAGUUCGACCGGGCUACACUGGACACUUUAGACAGAGUCAGCACACUCACCAUGGAUGACGUCCAGAACCUCGGGGUGAACCUGGUGGGACACCAGAGGAAGAUCGUCACGGCGGCCCAGCAGCUCAGAGCCCAUCUGACACAGGGACAGGUGGAGGUGUGA